UUUAGCUCAUCAUCAGUUACCGUUCCACCGGCGAUCCGACAACCAGCAGCAUCUCGACAGCACCAGCAGCGGCAGCACAACACGGUCGACACGAGCCCGACAACAGCCCGACAUUCGACGGCGGCUCUCUUUGAACAGUUUAUCAAAUAAAACUCCCGGCAAAAUGAUGAAAACGCGUUUCGUGGUGAGUACCCGUAAACACGCGGUUUUUAUUUAUUUUUUUAUUUUCGUAUGUCUCGAACGUUUUUUUUUUUUUUUAAACCGUCUCUGCGUUCUCCGCCAACAAUAAUAUCUCGAUCACCGCGCACUACUCUGCGGUGUUUUUGUUUUUGUUUUUUUUCCCCUUUUUCGUUUUUUUUUUUUUUCCACUGCGAAUUCGGCAGCACGAUAAAAUCCCGACGGGCCGAUACUCUUUUCGUUGCCUCCACGACUGACGGUUAUGUUAUUCGAUACUCGAUCGCGACGCACAACGUAAAACUCGAAAAACAAACAAUUGUUCGAGACCGUCUCGCCUGCGUUGCCACAACGGCAGUUUCCACGCAAUAUACCUAACGGCCGUUUCGUGUUUUCUCUUCCAGGUUUUGGCGUCGCUCGCCACCCUGGCAUUGGCCAGACCCGAGGCGGGAUACUCGUACAGCGCACCGAUCUCGUCCGGUGGCGGCUACUCGUCCGGCGGCGGCGGCGGCGGCGGCGGCGGUUACUCGUCCGGCGGCGGCGGCGGCUACUCGUCCGGCGGCAGCACUGGACUGAGCUUCGGCGGCGGCAGUUCCGGUUACGCCAGCGGCAGUUCCGGCUACUCCAGCGGCCCGGUCAGCUCCGGUUUCUCCAGCGGCCCAGUCAGCUCCGGUUACUCCAGCGGCCCGAUCAGCUCCGGUUACUCCAGCGGCCCGAUCAGCUCCGGUUACUCCAGCGGCCCGAUCAGCUCCGGCUACGCUAGCUCCAGCGGCGGAAUCUCCGGCGGAUACUCCAGCGGCGGCAGCUCGGGCGGAUACGCCAGCGGCGGAAGCGCCGGAUACAACUACGCUCCGGCCGCCCCGGUCGUGCAGAAGCACAUCUACGUCCACGUGCCGCCCCCAGAACAGGAAUACGUCGCCCCACAACAGAUCCAACCGGUAGCGCCACCCCAGAAACACUACAAAAUCAUCUUCAUCAAGGCCCCGACCCCGCCGACCCCGACCGCCCCGAUCAUACCGCAACAGCCACAAGACUCCGAGAAGACUCUGAUUUACGUGCUCGUCAAGCGGCCCGAAGACCAACCGCAAAUCAGCAUCCCGACCCCGGUGCCCACCGCCCCGUCCAAACCCGAGGUAUACUUCAUCAAGUACAAGACCCAAAAGGAAGCCGGCGGCGGCGGAUACGCGGCGUCCAGCGGCUACGGCGGCGCCGAGGCCGUCGGACACUCCAGCGGCGGUGGCGGCGGUAGCGUGUCGUUGGCCGGAGCCAGCGGACCCGGAUCCAGUUACGGUGCCCCGAGCGUGGCCAGCCCGUCGUCCAGCUACGGCGCCCCGAGCUCCAGCGGAUCGUCUUACUAGUGAUGUACACCUAAAAACCAAACACGGACACGACAUUUCACGCGCACAACACUAUCACCUAUCCUAUGUCGUCGGCGGCCGCGAGAAACCGUUGAUUGUUAAUUUCUCGCGGUCCGCGGUACGGCGGCGGCGUUCGCAAAACGACCGGCGUCUUGCCGCGAACCGACCCUCCCCGACCCCCCUCCCACCCCCAAUAAUAUCCCCUCCCCUCUAUAUAUACGAUUCCUCUCGUUUACGGCCCUUUGCCUAACACCCCUUCCCCCCUCCCACUUCGUUACGUAUUUGUCGCGUUUUAUAUAUAUAUAUAUAUAUACAUAAUAUAAUAUAAUAAUAUAUAUAUAUAAUAAAUUAGUUUUUAAAUCGAGAUAUAUAUAUAUAUACAUAAAAUAUUUGAUACGUUAUUAAUUAUUCCUUUUUAAUUUUUUUUUUUUUUUUAUUAGUCCAAAGCUCAAAUAUAUUUUUUAUUAUUAUUUUCGAAACGGGCGCGCGCGCGCUCGCGAAACGUUCGCCAUUUUUUUUUUUUUUUUAUAAUAAACGCCCACUUUUUUUAUAUAUAUAUAUACGAUUUAUAUUUUAAUAUUAUACGAACAAAAAUAUACGAUUCGAUUUUUUUUAUAUAAAAAAACAAAACGAAAAAAAAAAACCGACCGAAUUUAUUCAUUACUAUUAUUAUCACCAUCAUUGUUGUUAUUGUCAUCACGUUGUUCGCUGCGUUCACGGUUCCGCGGACCAGAAGCGGUAACCGCGACCGCAGUAACCAUACCUGUAGGCGCAACUAAACCACCGAUUUGGGCGUGCUAAAACUCGACACUUUUCGCUAACGGUUUUUUUUUUUUUUUAUCUAGUUUAAAACUGGUUAUGGGAAUGCAAAAUUCCGGGUUUUUCAAAAAAAAAAAAAAAAACACUAUUUAAGCCCCUUUAAAAUCUUAUAAAUAUUAAAUACUAUUACAAUAUACAAAGCCUAUGUGCCUAAGUUAAAUGUUUGAAUAAAAAUUCGAAAAAAGAAACUCUUAACUUUAACUAUAAUAUGCUUUCAGAUUUCGGAUUCCGGAUUUUCGGAUUUCAACGCAUCCGAAACCCAAAAGCAGUUUAAUCUUUUGGUUGUUGUGUUUUAUUUUUACAUUUUCAUGGAAAACAUUUUACUUGCUUUAUACUGUAAAAACACUGAACACUUGAACGGUUUUUAAGAGGCCUAAAUCUCUGUUUUUUGUGAAAAUCCAUCUUUUCCGAUUCCCGUCACGACGUGACUGUUUAUAUUAUUCUUUAUGCACGCACAUGUACUGUCCGUAGAGGUGAUCCGUGUUCCGAUCCGUUCGUCAAUAAUAUUACGAAACACGCGGAAAAAAUAUUCAGUCAAUAUUAGUCUCACACUUGUCAGAAGUCGAGCUUUAUUUUUAUUUGUUCUUUUUUUUCCAAAAUAC